GGCAUAUGUAUAAAAAGAGGUUUCGGUUCUGUCGAGAUCGCCCCCCUUCUCUACUUGUUCUUUUUUCCACUUUAACUUUCUUUUCCAACAUGUUCCGUCAAGCCAUUAAGCCUACCGCUCGUGUGUUCCUUGCCCGAGGUUAUGCAACCGCAACCAAGUCGCCCAACGACGUUGUCAUUGCCAGUGCUGUUCGUACACCCGUCGGUACUUUCCAAGGUGGACUCAAGUCCCUGUCUGCCCCGAAGCUUGGUGCCGUUGCUGCCCGUGCUGCCAUUGAGCGCGCUGGUCUCAAGCCCGAACAGAUUGAAGAAGCCUACAUUGGCAAUGUGAUUCAAGCCAACCUGGGUCAAGCACCUGCACGUCAAGUUGUUCUUGAAGCAGGUUGCCCUGAAUCCACGGAAGCUACUACGAUCAACAAGGUCUGCUCUUCGGGCAUGAAGUCUAUCAUCAUGGCUGCCCAAUCGAUCAAGUUGGGUGAUCGUCAGAUCAUGUUGGCGGGUGGUAUGGAAAGCAUGUCCAACGCUCCCUAUUAUGCGCCUCGUAACGCUGCCUAUGGUCAUCAGCAACAGAACGAUUCGAUCGUCAAGGAUGGUUUGUGGGACGUGUACAAUCAGAUUCACAUGGGCAAUUGCGCUGAAAACACCGCCAAGGUCCAAGGUAUCUCGCGUGAAGAGCAGGAUGCUCAUGCCCUUGAAUCGUACAAGCGUGCUGCCAAGGCCUGGGAGAACGGUGUCUUUGAUGCAGAGAUCGCCCCUGUCACGAUCAAGAGCAGAAAGGGACAAGUUGUUGUCAAGGAGGAUGAGGAGUACAAGAACGUAAAGUAUGAAAAGAUUCCUCAGUUGCGACCUGUCUUUCAAAAGGAUGGUACUGUCACUGCUGCCAAUGCUAGCACCUUGAACGAUGGUGCUUCGGCUGUGGUCUUGAUGACCCGUCAAAAGGCUGAAGAGCUUGGCGUCAAGCCCUUGGCCCGUAUUGUCGCAUAUGCCGACGCUGCCAUGGCACCGAUCGAUUUUACCAUUGCCCCUAGCCAGGCUGUGCCACUUGCAUUGGAAAAGGCUGGUUUAACAGUCAAGGACAUUAGUCUGUUUGAGUUGAACGAGGCCUUCAGCGUCGUUGCCCGUGCCAAUGAAAAGUUGAUGGGCCUUGACCCUAGCAAGGUCAACAUUGCCGGUGGUGCUGUUGCGUUGGGCCAUCCUAUCGGAUCUUCGGGCGCUCGCAUUGUCGUUACUUUGACCCAUUUGCUCAAGUCGGGUGAAUUCGGUGCUGCUGGUGUCUGCAACGGUGGUGGUGCUGCUAGUGCAUUGAUCAUCCAAAAGGAGUAAAAAAGAGAAACACUCUCUAUCUAUCUAUAUAACACUUGUAUUAUAUUCCAACGGCAUGAAGCCAACAGCAACAACAAAAAAACAUGUUUUUUAUAUGUAUAAAGAUAAUAAAGAUGAUAUAGAAAGAGA